AGAGAGACUGCUUGAGAGUCGAGAUGGCUGAAGUGAUGGCGAGCGCCGCCACGAGCGUGAUGGGCUCCGUCAUCAGCAAGCUGACCGCCAUGCUCGGCGAGAAGUACCAGCUCGCCCGAGACGCUGAAGAAGGGAUCCGCUUCCUGAGAGAGGAGCUGAGCACCAUGGACGCCGUGCUGCAAGAGCUCGCGGAGAAGGACGACGACCAGAUCGAUCGGCGGGCCAAAGACUGGCGGAGCAAGGUGCGUGAGCUAUCCCUCGACAUCGAGGAUUGCAUCGACCGUUUCAGGCUCAAUCACAGCCAUGGAGGUUCCAAGGCAAACUUCGUGCGCAAGGCCGUGCGGAAGGUGAAGAUCUUGUUGCAGGACUGGGGAUUAGCAAAGGGGAUUCAGAAACUCAAGAGCCUCGUCGUCGAGCAGAGCGAGCGGGCCAAACGCUACGACAUCCACAAGUGCCUCGGCGCAACACCUCCGCCCGUGCCCUUAGAUCCUCGAGCAUAUGCUCUGUUUCAGGAGGCGAUAGAUCUCGUGGGGAUCGAUGGUCCUCGCAAGGAGAUCAUUGAGUUGUUGAAAUGUGAAGAGAUGCAGCACAAGGUGGUGUCCAUCUAUGGAACCGCUGGGCAGGGGAAGACCACUCUAGCCAUGGAGGUGUACCGCAAAAUUACUGAACCAUUUGAUUGCCAGGCUUUCGCAUCUGUAUCUCAAACUCCAGAUAUUAAGAAGCUCCUUAGAGAUGUAUUAUCUCAAAUAAGCAACAAGAAGUUUGACGGGGAGUCGCAAUGGUGGGAGGAACAGCAGCUCAUCCGCAAUAUGAGAGACUACUUAAUUGAUAAGAGGUACCUCAUCUUGAUUGAUGAUGUCUGGAGUGUAGCAGCAUGGGAGCUUAUACAGUCCGCCUUACCUCGCAAUGAUAAUGGAAGCAGAGUAAUUACUACAACACGCAGCAAAACAGUAGCCAAAUCAUGUAGUACUGGUAUUGCUGAACAAAUGUACGAAGCAAAGCCACUUGGAGAUGACGACUCUCAGAGAUUAUUCUUUAAAAGACUCUUUUGCUCCCCUGAAGAUUGUCCCCAAGAUUUGAUGAAAGUAUCCAGUGAUAUUCUGAAGAAAUGUGGUGGCUUACCACUAGCCAUAAUCAGUAUAGCUGGUUUAUUAGCAAACAGAAGGCAAACGGUAGAAGUCUGGGUCAAUACAUUGAAGUCCAUUUCUGCUGCAGUUGACAAAGAUUCUCACAUUGAUAAGAUGAAAAGAAUUUGGCUGCUUAGUUACUUUGACCUUCCUCCCCAUCUAAAGAGCUGUUUGUUAUAUCUGAGUGUGUUUCCAGAGGAUUAUUUGAUUGAUUGCAGACAGUUGAUAUUGUUAUGGGUAGCCGAAGCUCUGAUUCCUGGACAAGACAGGGAAAGUAUGGAGGAGCUUGCGACAAGUUACUUGAAUGAUCUGAUCAAUAGAAGUUUGGUUCAGCCAGUCAAGGUUGGAGCAGAUGGUACAACAGUGAAAACUUGCAGAGUUCAUGAUGUCAUACUUGAGUUUAUUGUAUCAAAGGCUGUCGAGGACAAUUUUGUUACAAUAUGGAAUCGUAAUGGGUUUUCUGACAAUUAUUCUUCCAACAAGAUUCGUCGUUUGUCCAUCCAGGAAGACAUUUCUGGCCAGGCUGAAGAGAUGUUGAAGACAAUAAAAAAUGCAGCUCAUAUUCGAUCAAUUAGCAUUUUUGGCGAUAAUAAUUCGGUGCUGGGUAAGCACGCCUCUGAGUUUUUAAGUAGCCAAGUCUUGCGAGUGCUGAAUAUAAGAGGUGGUGGGCUUAGAGAAUUCUAUCUUGGACAUGUCAAAAGAAUCAGUCAAAUGAAGUACUGCCGGAUAACCGGUAGACCCCAUGAGCUCCCAGAAGAUAUAGAAAAGCUGCAACAUCUAGAGACACUAGAUAUUAGUAACACUCGCAUUAGAAAACUACUGGCUAGUAUUAUCCAAUUGCAGAGGUUAGUGCGUCUUCGUGUUGAUUGGAAGGGGCAACUACCCGAUGGCAUUGGAAAUCUGCAGGCACUGGAAGAGCUGUCAACGAUCGAUUUGGGUUUUCAAUCUGUAAAGCUUAUCCAAGGACUCGGCGAUCUGAUCAAUUUGAAGGUACUUGAAAUUUUCUGGCGGACCGUCACUGUAGUACGUGAUGUGGAAGGCCACAAGAAAGCAUGUAUCUCAUCGCUCACCAAGCUAUUCACGAGACUUCGACAAUUAUCUGUGCGGGAGUGGCCUGAAGCCACGUUUCCAUUAAUGUCACUAUGUGUCGGUACUCCACCACCACUUCAGAGGCUUUCCCUUUCUAACUGGAAUAAAUCAAGUGCCGUGCCCCAUCAAAUCAGCUCGCUACUCAACCUGACCCGCCUCUACAUUGGACUUCAUUGUGAAGUAAGCAAGGAAGGAAUAAAUAUCCUAGCAAGUUUACCCAUCCUACUCUCUCUUACUGUUUUCUUGGAUGACAAAGAGGGAGAUUCGGACAUCUUCCACCCAAGGCAUGCAAUCAAUAGUCAAGGUUUCCAACGCUUGGUCAAGUUCACAUUCCGCUGUUGGUCUGAGGCAGUGUUAGAAUUUGAGUCGGGAGCCAUGCCAAAGCUCCAAAUGCUCUCACUAUUAACUGCGAUGCUGCUAAUUCAAGUAUGGGGAUUGUGGGCCUCAGACAUGUUGCUCUCACUAUUAACUGCGACGCUGCUACUGCUAACGAGGUGGAUUCUUUGGAGGAUGACAUCACAGGUGCAGCAGGCGUCCAUCAUAACCGUCCCAUAGUCCAGGUCGAAAGAUGGUAUCAAGGUUCGAUGGCACAUGGGUGCAGCAGGCGACCAUCUGGCUAUCCCACACUAGAAGCACCAUGACCAUGAAUGCAUGAUGUGGAAAAUAAAUAUCAAUAUCAGCAAUCAUCUUUUUCUCUGUUUCAGCCACCCCCCGAGCAUAAAUUGAUUGUCACAAUUGGUGCCGUAGCUUUAUUUUCUAUUUUUUUAUAAAGAGUAUUUCACAUACUCCCUACUUUCCAAAAUAUAGGUCAUUUUGGUCAUUUUAGAUUUAUAGUAUUUGCUAUGUACUUAGAUAUAAUGUAUAUCUAUCAGCAUAACAAAAUCUAUGAAUAAUCUAAAAAAGUCAAGCCUUA